UCUUCCAUGGCCUUCUUUCUAUCUCAACAAAACCCACAUUUUUGCAUUUUCGUCUUCUUCUUUGUGGCCAAAAGAACAAAAAUGUUGCUCAAAGCUGUGCUUCUCUUUCUUGCAAUCAACCUCUCUUCCUCAUAUGACAUUGCCUUCAACUACUCAAGCUUCCAUGGAGAAAACUUGAGCUUAAAUGGUGAUGCAGAGGUAAUACCAAGUGGAGCCUUACAGCUAACCAAUAAUUCUAUACAAGUGAUAGGCCAUGCUUUCUACCCCAAGCUCCUGCAAUUCAAGAAUUCCUCAACAGGAAGUGCUUUCUCUUUCUCUGCAGCUUUUGUGUUUGCCAUCACCCUUCCCAUUGUCUUCCCAGGUGCUGGUCUUGCGUUUGUGAUCUCUCCUUCUACUCGAUUCGAAGAAGCCAAUUCGACACAGUACCUGGGACUCUUUAACCUCACUGGAAGUGGCGACCCUGAAAACCAAGUUUUUGCAGUCGAAUUCGACACUGUCGAGAACAUCGACUUAAGAGACAUUGACGGCAACCAUGUGGGCAUCGACCUCAAUAGCGUGAGGUCCAAUGUAUCGGCUUCUGCAGCUUAUUACCUCACAGAGGAUCAUAAGACCACCAAACAUAAUCUAAGUCUCAAGAGUGAAGACCCAAUUCAGGUAUGGAUUGAAUAUGACGGCAUGGAGAAGUUACUCAAUAUAACUCUAUCUCCAAUUGAAAUAGCGGGAAGGACCGGCCGGCCUUUGAUUUCUUCCAGGGUUGAUCUCUCCCCGAUCCUGCAGGAGUUCAUGUAUGUGGGCUUCUCUGCAAGCACGGGCGUAGUGGCAAGCUGCCAUUACCUUCUGGGAUGGAGCUUUGCGAUAAAUGGCAGAGCUCAAGAUUUGGAUCUCUCUGUUCUUCCUUCGUACCCGAGAUCAAAAUCAUCUAAUAAAGGGCUUUCCAUGGUAUCUAAGAUUGGGAUCUCACUUUCUUUUAUUAUCUUUGUGAUCGCAGCCAUUUCUGUGAUUGUAUACCUUGUUCGAAGGCGAACAGACAAGGAAAUUGUGGAAGACUGGGAAUUGGAAUAUGGCCCCCAUAGGUUCUCAUACAAGGAAAUCACUAUGGCAACCAAGGCUUUCCAAGACGAAGAGUUAAUAGGAUUCGGAGGGUUUGGCAAGGUUUACAGAGGUGUAAUGCCAGACUCAGGUCUGCAAGUUGCAGUGAAGCGAGUUGCGCAUGAAUCAGAGCAAAGGGUGAGAGAAUUCCUUGCAGAGAUCUCAAGCAUCGGCAACCUACGGCACCGGAACCUGGUGCCACUCCUCGGAUGGUGCAAGAGGAAAACCGAGCUCAUAAUAGUUUAUGAGUACAUGCCCCGUGGUAGUCUCGACAAGUACCUGUUCGGUGAUGAUGGGCCACCCUUAAGCUGGAGGCAGCGGUGUAAAAUCCUCAAGGGUGUGGCUACUGCACUGUUGUACCUGCAUGAGCAAUGGGAGCAAGUAGUUAUACACAGAGACGUGAAGGCCAGCAAUGUGCUGUUAGAUACAGAUAUGAAUGCUCGGCUAGGGGACUUCGGGCUCGCAAAGUUGUACGAGCGUGGAUCGAACUUGCAAACAACCCGUGUUGUGGGGACAUUUGGGUACCUGGCACCUGAGUUGUCCCGCACUGGGAAGGCCACCACCGAGUCUGAUGUGUUCUCUUAUGGUGCUGUGUUACUAGAGGUGGCUUGUGGGCGUCGGCCAAUUGAGCGACAGGGGUCGCCGAAAGCUGUUCUGGUGGAUUGGGUGUGGGAGUGCUUUAAGGAAGGAAGGCUCUUGGAUGUUGCUGACCCUAGGCUUGAAGGUUGCUUUGAAAUUGAAGAGAUGACAAUGGUGUUAAGAUUAGGUUUGUGGUGUUCUCACCCAGUGCCUACUGCCAGACCAAGUAUGAGGCAAGUGUGCCAAAUUUUGGACGGUGAUGUCCCAUUCCCUGAGAUUUCGGCGAGCGAAAUGGUUGUACCCGAGAAGGAAGACAACCAUUAUUUGCCCUCGGAAACAUCUUCCCACGACCACCAUCCGAUCAGCAGUUCUGCAGGCACUGAAUUUCGGUUAUCUGGAGGUCGUUGAUAUGCAUUUUUAUCUACCUAAAUUCACUCUUUGUUUUUCUUUUUCCCUGUCAUUUUUUACUAUCAUUGCAAUGUGUACAAUAGAAAUGUUCAUGAGACUUCAGAGGAAGUUCAUAAGAAUGGAUCCUCUAUUGGACCGCAAGGCCAGCUCAACUAAACUCUGAGAAAAAAAGGGUUUUGCUCUGUUCUAUAUGAAUUAGCAUUUGAUCUAUU